GCAGGCAGAGCACUCCCCUCAGUCUCAUCUUGCUGGUACCCGAAGCAAGGAAACCCACACCCACCCGCACCCGCCCCGGGAGAAAGGGGCGAGGCCGAGAGCGAGAGCGCAGCGGCCGCCGGAGCGAGAAUGCGCGGCGGUGGCGGGCGGGAGGACGAGGAGGCCGGGCAGAAGCUCAAGAGCAUGGACUCCGGCAAGGGCAUGGACGGCGGCGGCGGCAGCAGCGGCGACGACGACAGCCCGCACCCGCCGCGGCCCGCCCUCAAGUACCACGGCUGGAAGGCCAUGCCCUUCAUCAUAGGGAACGAGACGUUCGAGAAGCUGGGGACGCUGGGCACGUCGGCGAACCUGCUGGUGUACCUGACGCAGGUGUUCCACAUGCGGAGCGUGGACGCCGCGACGCUGCUCAACGGGCUCAACGGCACCACCAGCCUGGCCCCCAUCGUCGGCGCCUUCCUCUCCGACGCCUACCUCGGCCGCUACCUCGCGCUCGCCAUCGCCUCCGUCGCCUCCCUCAUCGGCAUGUUCUUCCUAACGCUGACGGCGGGCGCGGACAGCCUGCACCCGGCGGACUGCGGCGUGGGGGAGGUCUGCGAGAAGGCGAGCUCCUACCAGCUCGCCGUCCUCUUCAUCGCCUUCGCCUUCCUCGUCAUCGGCUCCGCGGGGAUCCGGCCCUGCAGCAUGCCGUUCGGCGCCGACCAAUUCGACCCGCACACCGAGUCGGGCAAGCGCGGGAUCAACAGCUUCUUCAACUGGUACUACUUCACCUUCACCUCCGCCAUGCUCGUCUCCGCCACCGUCAUCAUCUACGUGCAGAGCAACGUCAACUGGGCCAUCGGCCUCGGCAUCCCCACCGCGCUCAUGUUCCUCGCCUGCGUGCUCUUCUUCAUGGGCACGCGCCUCUACGUGCGCGUCGUCCCCGAGGGCUCCCCCUUCACCACCAUCGUGCAGGUCUUCGCCGCCGCCUUCGCCAAGCGCUCGCUCAAGCAGGCCAAGGACCCCAAGCAGGACCUGUUCGACCCGCCGCACACUAGCGCCAUCGUCACCAAGCUCGCGCACACGGACCAGUUCCGGUGCCUCGACAAGGCCGCCAUGGUGGCCUCCCCCGAGGAGGUGCGCUCCGGCGGCGCCGCGGCGGCCGACCCGUGGCGGCUCUGCACCGUGCAGCAGGUGGAGGAGGUGAAGUGCCUCAUCCGCAUCGUGCCCGUCUGGUCCACCGGGAUCAUCUACUACGUGGCCGUGGUGCAGCAGUCCACCUACGUCGUCUUCUCCGCGCUGCAGUCGGACCGCCGCCUCGGCAGCAGCUUCCACGUCCCCGCGGCGUCCUUCACCGUCUUCGCCAUGCUCGCGCAGACGCUCUGGAUCCCCAUCUACGACCGCCUCCUCGUGCCCCGCCUCCGCAAGGUCACCGGCAAGGACGAGGGCUUCACGCUGCUCCAGCGCCAGGGCAUCGGGAUCGCGCUCUCCACCGUGGCCAUGAUCAUCUCCGCCGUCGUCGAGGACCGGCGCAGGGACAUCGCGCUCAACCAGCCGACCAUCGGCACGACGCAGACGGGGGGCGGCAUCUCCGCCAUGUCCAGCUUCUGGAUGGUGCCGCAGCUCAUGAUCCUAGGCCUCUCCGAGGCAUUCAACCUCAUCAGCCAGAUCGAGUUCUACUACAAGGAGAUCCCGGAGCACAUGAGGAGCGUCGCCGGCGCGCUCGCCUUCUGCAACCUCGCGCUCGGGAACUACCUCAGCGGCUUCCUGACGACGAUCGUGCACCGGACCACGGGGGGCGGGCAGAACUGGCUGGCGCAGGACCUCAACAAGGGCAGGCUCGACCUCUUCUACUGGAUGAUCGCCGGCAUCGGCGUCUUCAACUUCGUCUACUUCAUGAUCUGCGCCAGGUGGUACAGGUUCAAGGGGACCAGGGAUGCUUGAUGCAAUUUGGAUGAUCAAAAGAAGGGGGUAGAAUAAGGUCAGGUGAUUAAUUCACGUGUCUUAUACCACAGUAGCUAUUUCCCUUUUGCGUUCUUAUAAUUUUUUGGUUCUGCUGUUAUGAAAUCGAUCAAUCAAUCUAUAGAUGAAGUGGGCGGGGAAAGAGAGGAAGAAAUGUACUGUAGACAACAGUGGGGUGGUUAAUUCCUUGUAAGUUGUUAAAAAUGAAAGAAACAACAAUGGGGUGGUUGAUUUCUUGUAAGUUGUUCAAAUGAAAGAUAAACGAUUUCACUGUA